ACAGACAAGACGGGUUGCUUCUUCACAAAUGUGAGCCUGUCUUCCUUCAGUCGAGACUUUCGGUACUAUCAAGACAGCAUAGUUGCAGAGGCCUUGCUGGUGGAGGAUGGCACAGAGGUACACGUCAACACUUCCCACAAAUUACUCAUCUCCAAGAUUGGUGGGAUGGCCUUGUUUGAUGAUGUGAAUUCUUACUACCAUGCUGGAGAGAUGUACAGGGGAAAGAUUAAAGUCAUUGACUACCAAGGCAAGACCCUGAAGCACAAAAAAGUCCUCCUCAUAGUAAGCUGUGGUGAGCAGCAAUUUAAGCAAAAGUACAUCACUGGUGACUCUGGGACAGCUUCAUUUAGCCUGAACACAACUGCUUGGAACAACACCUUAGCCUCCCUGGAGGCAAGUGUUCUGCAUCAAGAUUUGGAUAAAGAGCCUGGGACAGUUGAUUUGAGUUACCAGCGAGCCUCUUAUUUUAUACGUCCAUUCUACAGCACCAGCAGGAGUUUUCUCUCUAUUGUCCGUGUGCCGGAAACGAUGCCCUGUGGUAAAAAGCAGGCUGUCCAGGUGGACUUCAGAAUUUAUCAGGAGGACCUGGAACACGGGCCCAAGCGUGUCAUUUUCUCCUACUUUGUCACAGGGAAAAGAGGGAUAGUCCAUGCAGGUCAGAAGACUGUUUGGGUUGGGCUGCCAAGAAUGCUGAAAGGCUUCUUCUCCAUCCCUCUUACCUUCAGUUCGAUUUAUGCCCCAGCUCCAAGACUUGUUGUUUAUGUUAUCUUCCCUAAUGGAAAAAUCAUCGCUGAUUCUACAAUCUUCAGUGUCUCCAUGUGUUUCAGAAAUAAGGUGGAGCUGGGCUUCUCAACGCCCCAGACCCUUCCUGAUUCAGAGGUUGGUCUCCACCUGCUGGCAUCUCCUGGGUCCACAUGUGCUGUCUGGGCUGUGGAUCAGAGCAUCCUUUUUCUGAAGCCAGGAAAAGAGCUCAGCAGCUCCUUGAUCUAUGGGCUGUUCCCACCUGUUUAUAAGUCCAGGUAUCCUCGCGAAGUGUCUGAAGAUGAUAAUUCAUGCGGGUUCCCAAAUUCUGAUGAGCCUGAUGUGUUUACAGCAUUCAGGGAAAUGGGGUUGAAAAUUAUGUCCAACACCAAUAUCAGGAAGCCCAGAGUGUGUCCAACCACUCCAUUGUCAACUAUGCUGCAGGAAAGAGCAGUGUUUACUUCCAGGCCCAUGUUGAUGUUUGCCCAGCCCCAUAAAGCAUAUAACACAGAGCAUCUGACAACAUCUACCUAUCAGCCCACUAUGUUUUUACCUGUUUCUUCAGUUGAAGAGAAACUACACAAGCAUUUCCCCAAAACCUGGAUAUGGGAUUUGUAUUCUGUGGGUCCCAGUGGGAACAAGAAUGUCACUGUCACUGUGCCUAACACCAUCACAGAAUGGAAAGCAGGGAUGUUCUGCAUAGGCCAUAAUGGCUUUGGACUAGCUCCAACCUCCAGUCUGCUUGUUUUCAAGCCUUUUCUUGUGGAGCUCACACUGCCAUCUUCUGUGAUCCAGGGUGAGACCUUCAUCUUGAAGGCCACAGUCUUCAACUACCUGCAGCGAUGCAUGAAGAUCCAAGUGACCCUGGACAAGUUCGCACGCUUCCAGCUGAAGCCAUGCAAAGGCUGUGUCUACAGCAGCUGCUUAUGUGCCAGUGAAGCUAAGACCUUUCAGUGGAGUGUCACAGCUGAGCAACUGGGGCUCAUGAACAUCACGCUCAGCACAGAGGCUGUGGCCACCGAAGAGCUCUGUGGCAAAGAGACACCAUUUGUCCCAAACCAAGGACAGAAAGAUAUGAUCACCAAACUCCUUCUAGUCCGGCCAGAGGGAGUGUUGGUAGAAAAGGCUCACAGCUCCAUCCUGUGUCCCAGAAAAGGGAAUCCAGCACAGGAGUCUGUGUCUCUGAUGUUGCCGCUAAAUGUGGUUGAAGGUUCAGUCAGAGCCACCAUGUCGGUCACCGGUGACCUCAUGGGGGCAGCACUGCAGAACCUGGACCGCCUGGUGCAGAUGCCCCAUGGCUGUGGGGAGCAGAACAUGGUGCUGUUUGCCCCCAUUGUCUAUGUGCUGCAGUACCUGGAGAAAACAAGGCAGCUGACCCCUGAGAUCAAGGAGAGGGCAACAGGAUUCCUGCGCAAUGGCAAGUGUGGAUGGGGAGGUCCCCUUGGCUGCCUACAUCACUGCUGCAUACUUAGAGGCAGGAGAGACACCAGAGGUGGGCAAAUCCACUGGAGUCAGACCCCAUCUAAGCCCAGACCCAGCACCAGCGCUUGGUCACAGCCACUGUCUGUGGAUGUGGAGUUGACAGCCUACGUCCUCCUGGCCCUGCUCUCCAAGCCAAAUGGCACAGGGUCUGAUCUCACCACAGCCUCUCGCAUCGUGGCCUGGCUCACCAGGCAGCAGAAUGCCUAUGGAGGGUUUGCCUCAACACAGGACACAGUAGUUGCUUUGCAGGCCUUGGCUAACUAUGCAGCACUGACGUACAGCACGAAAGGGGUGGCAGAAGUGAGAGUGAGAUCCCAGAGAGGCUUUGGGAGGAAGUUCCAAGUCUCCUACCAGAACCGACUGUUGGUGCAGGAGGUGGCACUGACAGAAGUCCCAGGAAAGUUCUCAGUGCAGGCCCAUGGCAGCUGUUGUGUCUUUACCCGGAUGGUGCUGAGGUACAAUACGCCCUCCCCACAGGUCUCCACGUCCUUUGCCUUGCACGUGAAAACUGAGCCAGUCAAUUGCACGGAUGAUGGCACACACACUGUUACUGUCUAUGUCAAUGUCAGGUACACUGGGAAGAGAUCCACUUCCAACAUGGUGAUCGUGGAAGUGUCCCUACUGUCUGGAUUUGUCUUAGCUCCAGGAUCUGGGAUGUCUCUGCAGCAUUGGCACCCUGUGAGAAGAACUGAGAAAACACAAGGAGGUGUUGCCAUCUACUUGGACAAGCUGAGCCAUAAGUCUGAGACAUAUGUCCUGCAUCUGGAACGGGAGGUUGGGGUGACCAACCUGAAGCCAGGCCAUGUCAGGGUCUAUGACUACUACCAUCCAGAGGAGCAGGCCCUGGCUGAUUAUAAUAUCUUCUGCAUCUGA